GACUCCAACGCUACAAGCAAGUGUCAAGUGCUCCGCUCCGAGAAUGGCUACAGACCUCUCUCGACUCACGGUUCUCUUAUCUGCUAACACUCCAACGCAACUCCACAGUGGCAGAAGAAGCUUCACAUUUUCUUCUGCACCACUUUCUGUUUCCAAACUCUAUAAUUCCACUUCAAGUUCGAGCUGUCGUCGAGCCCUGAGAGUCUCCUGCCAGACCACUGGAACAAAAUCGAAGGACGUAUUGGAUGCUGAAUCCACUGUCAAUGCUGGUCGGGAUCGUCUGUUGAAGGUUCCUGUUUCGAAUAUAAGGAAUUUCUGUAUUAUUGCUCAUAUUGAUCAUGGGAAGUCUACUUUAGCCGAUAAGUUGCUGCAGAUGACUGGUACGGUGCAGAAGAGGGAGAUGAAGGAGCAGUUUUUGGAUAAUAUGGAUCUGGAGAGAGAGCGUGGUAUCACUAUCAAACUACAGGCAGCUCGAAUGCGCUAUUUAUUCGAAAAUGAGCCAUAUUGCCUAAAUUUAAUUGAUACUCCAGGGCAUGUAGACUUCUCAUAUGAGGUUUCUCGUUCUCUCGCUGCUUGUGAGGGUGCUCUCCUUGUCGUAGAUGCCUCUCAGGGGGUGGAAGCUCAGACACUGGCAAAUGUUUAUCUGGCUCUAGAAAACAACCUUGAAAUCAUUCCUGUUUUGAACAAAAUAGAUCUCCCAGGUGCUGAACCAUAUCGUGUCUCACAAGAGAUUGAAGAGAUUGUUGGAUUGGAUUGUAGUGAGGCGAUUUACUGCUCAGCUAAGGAGGGUGUAGGUAUAACGGAAAUCCUUAAUGCCAUUGUUAAAAGGAUUCCCCCACCCAAGGAUACUGCUGAAAAGCCUUUAAGAGCUCUUAUAUUUGAUAGUUAUUAUGAUCCAUAUAGAGGUGUUAUUGUAUACUUUCGAGUAAUUGAUGGAGCUAUAAAGAAAGGUGACAGAAUAUAUUUUAUGGCUAGUGAGAAGGAUUACUUUGCUGAUGAAAUUGGAGUCUUAUCACCCAGUCAAAUGCAAGUUGAUAAAUUGUAUGCUGGUGAGGUGGGUUACCUUUCAGCUUCUAUAAGAUUAGUAGCAGAUGCGAGAGUGGGUGAUACUAUUACUCACUAUGGCAGGAAGGCAGAGAACUCACUACCUGGAUAUGAGGAAGCCACUCCAAUGGUUUUUUGUGGCUUGUUUCCUGUCGAUGCUGACCAGUUUCCUGAGUUGCGUGAUGCAUUAGAGAAGUUGCAACUUAAUGAUGCAGCACUACGGUUUGAGCCUGAGACUUCAAGUGCCAUGGGUUUUGGUUUCCGAUGUGGAUUCUUGGGCCUUCUCCAUAUGGAAAUUGUUCAGGAAAGGCUUGAGCGAGAGUACAACUUGACGCUGAUAACUACUGCUCCAAGUGUUGUUUACAGAGUGAAUUGUUCUAAUGGUGAUACUAUUGAGUGCUCAAAUCCAUCUUUACUUCCUGAAGCUGGAAAUAGGAAGUCAAUUGAGGAGCCAUUUGUUAAGAUUGAAAUGCUCACACCGAAAGAUUAUAUUGGUCCUCUUAUGGAGCUGGCCCAGGACCGAAGAGGUGAUUUUAAAGAAAUGAAAUAUAUCACUGAGAAUAGAGCGUCAAUCACCUAUGAAUUACCAUUGGCAGAGAUGGUUGGGGAUUUUUUUGAUCAACUGAAGUCCAGAAGCAAGGGUUAUGCAAGCAUGGAGUACUCUUUCAUUGGGUAUCGAGAACGUGAAUUGAUAAAGCUUGACAUUCAGAUUAAUGGUGACCGUGUGGAACCUCUGGCAACCAUUGUUCACAAGGAUAAGGCGUAUGCUGUAGGGAGGGCAUUGACUCAAAAACUGAAGGAGCUUAUACCACGGCAAAUGUUUAAAGUACCGAUUCAGGCAUGCAUAGGUUCCAAGGUGAUUGCAAGCGAACAGCUGUCAGCGAUUAGGAAGGAUGUUCUUGCGAAAUGCUACGGUGGUGACAUUUCGAGGAAAAAGAAAUUGCUUAAGAAACAGGCUGAGGGAAAGAAGAGGAUGAAAGCAAUCGGUAAAGUUGAUGUACCUCAAGAAGCAUUCAUGGCUGUAUUAAGACUGGAGAAAGAAGUUUUGUGAAUAUAUUGUCCACAUCCUGUGUCAAAGAACCAAAUUCAUAUGAUGGUAUAUAAAAAUUAAUUCUAUUGCUGGA